AUGACCACGGAGACUGAAGUAGUACAACUACAGCCAGAAGCUGGUAAAUGGAGUGGCGACCCACCGCCACAGUCACUCGCCUGUCCACCGGGAUUGGAAUACUUGACACAAAUUGAUCAAUUGUUGAUACAUCAACAAGUGGAAUUAUUGGAAGCUAUCACAGGAUGGGAAACUAAAAACAAAUACCAGAUCAAGAAUAGUGUUGGCCAACAAAUUUAUUUCGCACGUGAAGAAACUGGAUUGUGCAUGCGUUUAUGCUGUGGGCCUGCGAGAGGCUUCCAGAUUCACAUCACUGAUAAUGCCGGCAAUGAGGUGAUUCGGGUGGUUCGUGAGUUUAAGUGUUGUGCUGGAUGCUGUUGGUGUGCUAAUAGUGACUGCUGUGCCUUUGAACUGCGAGUAGAAGCACCAAUUGGUAAUAUUGUUGGAUAUGUCAGACAAACGCAGAGUUGUUGGAUUGGACAUUUUGACAUAAUGAAUGCAGAAAGAGAAACAGUGUUGAAAAUCAAAGGACCGUGUUGUGUAUGCCAAACCAUAUGCUGUACCGCUGAUUUAAACUUUAUGGUUUACAGCCGUGAUAUGGACAAUGAGAUUGGCAGAGUGAGUAAACAGUGGCCAGGACUUCUCAAGGAAAUGUUUACUGAUACAGAUAACUUCGGCGUCACGUUUCCGAUAGAUCUUGAUGUGAAAAUAAAAGCAACUCUACUUGGUGCCGUUUUCCUGAUUGAUUUCAUGUACUUCGAACAUUCCGGAGGUGGUCAAUCAAGUUAGAAGCGACAGAGUACGACAUCGACGAGUACAACUUAUACACACGCGAAGUGCAAACUGGCUGAAUAUGGGAUUUACCAUUAUUGUUAAAGGGCGGUGUUCGAAUAUAAUGUAACCAAACAAUGUAUUUUACACGCAUUGUGUACGUUUCUGUGAGUCCCAUAUUGGACAUGACACGGUGCAAUGACCAUCACCCUUUAAUAGUUGAGAUUAGUAACAAUUUUAGAAAACCAGCUCCACGAUAAACGUUCGGCAGAUGAACAGGCACAAAAUGUUGAAAUAUUGCUAAGCCACUCUAUCCUACAAAUAAUUGUUUAGCCCUAAAUCUAAUCUUAAGCGAUUUAAACUUUAGUACACUGAGCUUUAAAACCCAAUUGUACUUUUCAGUAUUUAUGAACAGCUUUUCGAGUCAUGCAGCGUGUUAGAAAAAUGUUUUUUUUUUUGUUUUUUUUUUUAUUUCGCGUUAAUUUUAGUUUUUUAAUGUGUUUCACUCGUGACUUUUACGAAUGCACGUCA